AUGCUGCAGCCUAUAGUCUACCAAUUGGGUCAUGACCCUAUCAAGGACCACUGUUUUGCUCCUGGCUAUGAGCUUUUAGCCGUUACUAAAGAGAACACCGUGGAGUUGUAUCAGACCAAACCAAACUCUCCAUCGAAGCCAACUCUUAUCACCACUUUGAGAGGCCACGACAAAACUGUCACUUCUGUGGACAUUUCGCCUGAUGGGACCAAGAUCUUGACUUGUUCUCAAGACAGAAACGCUUUGGUAUGGGAGUGGAACAACGCCGCCAACGAGUUCAAGCCCACUUUGGUGCUUUUGAGAAUUAAUCGUGCCGCCACCGUUUGUAAAUGGUCUCCUAAUGGUGACAAGUUUGCUGUAGGUUCUGCUGAUCGAAUUAUCGCUGUUUGCUACUACGAGGAGGAAAAUGACUGGUGGGUGUCAAAGCACUUGAAGAAGCCACUCAAGUCCACCAUCACCAGCUUGUCUUGGCACCCAAACAAUGUAUUGUUGGCUUGUGGCUCGACCGAUGGCCAUGUGAGGGUGUUUUCUGGAUACAUCAAGGGCGUUGAUGAGAAGCCAGAGCCUUCGGUGUGGGGAUCCAAGUUGCCCUUCCAAACCCUUGUGGGUGACUUUAUCAGCGAGACUGCCGCGUGGGUGCACGAUGUGACAUUCAACCAAGACGGCCAGGGAGACUCCUUGGCUUUCGUGACUCAUGAUGGCUCCAUUUCAGUUGUGUACCCAGCUGGAGAGGGCCAGCCACCAGCCGCGUUCAUCACUGUCAAGACCAACUACUUGCCAUUUAAGUCAAUUCUUUUUGCUGGCAACAGAAUCGUUGUGGGUGGUCACAACUGUAACUUGAUUGUUUUCGAGGGCUCUCAGAACGGAUGGAAGGAAGCAUUCCAUGUGGAGAAGCAGAGAGACUUGAUCCAUGACGUUGCACCAGUGGACGAGGAUGCCGAGAUCUCGAGUCACGAUGCCCUCAACAUGUUCAAGCAAUUGGACUUGAAGGGUAGAGCUAACAAGCCAAACCAGAAGGGCAGCGGCAAGGCUUUGAGCACAAUUAACCAAAACACUAUUGCCAGUGUGAGAUGGUACGACAAUGGCAAGGUGAGCACCUCUGGCCUUGACGGCAAGAUUGUCAUCUUUGCCAUCUAA